AUGACGAUUAACCAAGGUGCUACCAAUCUACGACGGGUCCUCGCGGAUCCUAAUGGCUUCGUUGUGGCUCCAGGCGUGUAUGAUGGCAUGUCAGCACGUAUGGCACUUGCAGCUGGAUUCGAUGCGCUGUACAUGACCGGUGCAGGCACCGCAGCUUCCGUCCACGGACAAGCAGACUUGGGCAUUUGCACUCUUAACGAUAUGCGGAACAACGCCGAGAUGAUCGCAAACCUCUCCCCCUCCACACCGCUAAUUGCCGACGCCGAUACAGGCUACGGAGGUCCGAUCAUGGUAUCCCGGACAACAGAGCAGUACGCCCGAUCCGGCGUCGCAGCCUUCCACAUCGAAGACCAAGUGCAAACAAAGCGCUGCGGUCACCUCUCCGGAAAACUGCUAGUCGACACAGAGACCUACGCAACUCGGAUCCGGGCUGCGGUGCAAGCUCGCCAGCGAAUUGGCAGCGAUAUCGUGGUUAUUGCGCGCACGGACGCUUUGCUGGGACAGGGGUACGAGGAGAGUCUGGUUCGACUCCGAGCCGCGCGCGAUGCUGGAGCGGACGUGGGAUUCCUGGAGGGCAUUUCUUCCCGUGAGAUGGCCGCUCAGGCGGUGCGAGACCUUGCGCCUUGGCCUUUGGUGCUAAAUAUGGUUGAGCAUGGGUCUACCCCUUCGAUCUCGGCAGCUGAGGCGCGCGAGAUUGGUUUCAAGAUGAUCAUCUUUCCUUUUGCGACUAUUGGGCCUGCGCUUAUGGCUAUGCGGGAGGGGCUGGAGAAGCUGAAGCGAGAUGGUUUGCCUGGUCUGGAUAAGGAGUUGACGCCUCAAAUGCUCUUCCGGGUGUGCGGGCUGGAUGAGAGUGUGAAGCUGGAUGCGGACGCAGGUGGAGCUGCAUUUGACGGUGGCGUGGACUUGCGGUAG